GACUGUCACUCAAAAGUCUAAAUAAGUACGCUGAAGCUGCAGUUAGCACCUGACAUGGCUCGCUGAAGGAAGAACAAAAAGAAAGAAGAAAGAUUGAAAGACUAGAUGAAAAAAAGUGUGUCAAAAGGAAGAGUUUUGUGAGACAAAGUGAGAGGACAAUUGAGUCUGUGAAAGUGGGACAAACGUCUGAGACAAGUGGAGGAGUGAGGAUGAUGCGAGCCCAGAUUGAAGUUAUCCCAUGUAAGAUCUGUGGUGAUAAGUCCUCUGGAGUGCAUUAUGGAGUCAUCACUUGUGAGGGCUGCAAGGGAUUUUUCCGGCGUAGCCAGCUGCCUACUGUGUCCUACUCCUGCUCCAGGCAGAACAACUGUCAGAUCGACCGGGCCAGCCGCAACCGCUGCCAACACUGCCGUCUGCAGAAGUGCUUAGCAAAGGGCAUGAGCCGAGAUGCUGUGAAGUUCGGACGGAUGUCCAAACGUCAGCGUGACUCUCUGAUUGCUGAAGUGGAGCGACAUCGACAGCAGCAGCAGCAGCAGCAGCUUCAGGGUGAGGCCCAGUCUCUCUUGUCCUUCCCCACCAAGGCCCGUCAAGACCGCUCCCCACAGCUCCUCCAGCCCAUGGCCGCAGCCUACUCUUUCACCGGAGAGGCCGAGCUGCUGUCCUACACCGCUGAUGUUCACCCUUACCUGGUUUGCUCCCCAAACGAGUCGCAGGUGUCGGGUAUGAUCUACCGAGGCUCCGUUGUGUCUCCCACAUCGAGAUCCCAGGUGAGGGGGGACAACAGCGGACACCCUGACAUAAGAGGAUUUGACUCCAGACAGCCAUCUCAUGAUCUGGUGGGGAUUCAUCCCUACAACCCUCUGGAGGAUCCUUACCUUUAUCCUCACUCUCUGAGGAAUAUAGAUGAGUUGUGUGCCAGCAUUGUGCGUUCCCACAGAGAGACCAGCCAGUACAGAGUGGAGGAGCUGCAGGCUCUCAGAUGGAAAAUGCUCAACAGAGAGGAGAUCCAAGCCUUCCAGAGCAAAUCCGUGGAUGAGAUGUGGCAGCACUGCGCCAUUCGACUGACUGAUGCCGUGCAGUAUGUGGUGGAGUUUGCAAAACACAUCCCAGGUUUCCGUUUGCUCAGCCAGAAUGACCAGAUUGCUCUUCUGAAGACUGGCUCCAUGGAGGUGGUUCUGGUCAGGAUGAGUCGCUUCUUCAACACAGAGAACAACACCGUCUUCUUCGAUGGGAAAUAUGCUGGAGCUGAAGUAUUCAAGUCUUUGGAAUGUGGUGAUUUAAUUACAGCAGUGUUUGACUUUGCUCACGGUAUGUGUGCUCUAAAGCUCACGGAGCAGCAGAUUGCUCUCUUCAGUGCUCUCGUGCUGAUCAACACAGAUCGUCCUUGUCUGGAGGACAGAGGCAGAGUUCAGCGAGUGCAAAGAAGCGUGGAGUUUGGACUCACACACAUUCUACACCGAGACAACCAAGAAAGUCUAAUGCACAAGCUGUACCAGAGGAUGUCAGUGUUGCGUUCACUGUGCAGGCUGCACAUGGAGAAGCUGCACUGGUUCAGUCAGCGUUACCCGCUCACAGCUCACUCUCUGUUCCCUCCACUCUACAAGGAGCUGUUCGGCUCUGAGGCAGAGCUGCUGCCGGGGACCACUCAAUGAUGAUUUACCAGUACACGCAAAGUCGUACACACAAAAAUAUUAUUUUAAGUCUCUUCAUAAUUUCCUGACAGAAUCUAUUUUUCUAAUAAUUAAAAUAAAUGACAAAAAGCACAGUUAUCAUAGCGUGUUAAGUAUUACAUUAAUUCCAGCUGAGCUUUAUUCGUAGAUUGUGUCAAACAAAAAUUUAAAUUGUUUGAUAGCUUAAAUCUAUUUUGAUUAUUCCAGGGAAACAUGCAUUUUGUUGUUGUUUGACAGCUUCUUGUCAGUGAGGUACAGCUUUCAUUUUCUCAGGAUACGUGCUAUUGUGAGUCACAGUAAAUCUGUGUCACGAAGAAAUUCAAAGAGGCAGGAUACUGAUCGUUUUCAACUGAAACUUAAAAUGGUAGUCCUCCCAAAAUCUGUCUUUAGAGUUUAAGGCACUGACCUUCUGCAGAUUUAAAAGGUGACUUUGCAGCCUGUCCAGGACAAGCUAGAUAGAAAAAUAAGAUAUAAAAAGCCAAAAAGUAAUCAGCUUAUCAUCACAUUCCGGAAGCUGGGUGUUGCAGGAGUUGCUCAUUGACAUUCCCUGUGGUUCAGGGCUGAUCUAAAACAUUAGAUGGCGUUUUGUGCUUCAUCCCCAUACAUUAAGUUUACAGCUCACAAACGCAUGUGAGCGUGCAGCAUCUCUUUAAUAUGUUGCAAAACAAGUUUUCCUUACAAAACAUUAAAUAUUGAUGUGUAUCAAUUAAACACAUCCAGAAAGCAAUAGACAACCUGCUCCUUUGUAUCUGUAUGUCUGUCGAGAAAUGUCUCUCCUCAGGUUGAUGUUGUCAGAUUGACUAAUAAAGUCCUACAAAGAAGCAGUACCUCAUAAAUGUUAUCCUCUGUGUUUGAAUAUAUCCUCACAGGCAUUUUAUAUCUUUUGAGCUUUAAAAAUAUGUUGCAUUAAAUGUAGAAAUGUAAUUAAAAUGUGAGAGAUACAGUAGAAGUCUCUUCCUCUGUGUGCAAACUUUUCCUUUUUUUCCCCAGAUUAACUUGCAUAUGUUUUGCUUUCUUAACAUAUCUUUGAUUAAAGCCAUGAGUAAAGUGGAAAUGAUGAGAUGUUUCAGCAUUAAGUACUGUAUGUCCCAAUGUAGUCCUCUCUUUUGCUGGAAUGGGAUGAGAUUAUAAUGAAGAUAAUUCCAUGUAAAUCUGCUAAUA